AUUACGGAGCUCCCAGUGGUUGACUCUUCACCACACUGAAACCAUUAGGAAAAAUCCUUGUGGUUAACAGCAGAGGCUUCAGAGUGUAACCUGUACUCGGGCCUAGAAAUUAUUUUAAAUGGCGACUGAUACGUCUCAAGGUGAACUCGUCCAUCCUAAGGCACUCCCACUUAUAGUAGGAGCUCAGCUGAUCCACGCGGACAAGUUAGGUGAGAAGGUAGAAGAUAGCACCAUGCCGAUUCGUCGAGCUGUGAACUCUACUCGGGAAACUCCUCCUAAAAGCAAGUUAACUGAUGGAGAGGAAGAAAAGCCAGAACCAGACAUAAGUUCUGAGGAAUCUGCUUCCACUGUAGAAGAGCAAGAGAAUGAAACUCCACCUGCUACGUCUAGUGAGACAGAGCAGCCAAAAGGAGAACCUGAAAAUGAAGAGAAAGAAGAAAACAAGUCUUCUGAGGAAGCAAAAAAGGAUGAGAAAGAACAGUCUAAAGAAAAGGAGAAGAAAGUUAAAAAAACAAUCCCUUCUUGGGCUACACUUUCUGCCAGCCAGCUUGCCAGGGCCCAGAAACAAGCACCAAUGGCUUCUUCCCCACGUCCCAAGAUGGAUGCAAUCUUAACUGAGGCCAUUAAGGCAUGCUUCCAGAAGAGUGGUGCAUCUGUGGUUGCUAUUCGAAAAUACAUCAUCCAUAAAUACCCUUCUCUGGAACUGGAGAGAAGGGGCUAUCUCCUUAAACAAGCACUGAAAAGAGAAUUAAACAGAGGUGUGAUCAAACAGGUGAAAGGAAAAGGUGCUUCUGGCAGUUUUGUUGUGGUUCAGAAAUCAAGGAAAACAUCCCAGAAAUCAAGAAACAGAAAGAAGACUUCUGCAGUGGAUCCAGAACCACAAGUGAAAUUGGAGGAUAUUCUCCCACUGGCCUUUACUCGUCUUUGUGAACCUAAAGAAGCUUCUUACAGUCUGAUCAGAAAAUACGUGUCUCAGUAUUAUCCUAAACUUAGAGUGGACAUCAGACCUCAGCUGUUGAAGAAUGCUCUGCAGAGGGCAGUAGAGAGAGGCCAGCUAGAACAAAUAACUGGCAAAGGUGCUUCAGGAACGUUUCAGCUGAAGAAAUCAGGGGAGAAGCCCCUGCUUGGUGGAAGCCUGAUGGAAUAUGCAAUCUUGUCUGCCAUUGCUGCCAUGAAUGAGCCGAAGACUUGCUCCACCACUGCUCUGAAGAAGUAUGUCCUGGAGAACCACCCAGGGACCAAUUCAAACUACCAAAUGCAUCUGCUGAAGAAAACUCUACAGAAGUGUGAAAAGAAUGGCUGGAUGGAACAGAUCUCUGGUAAAGGAUUCAGUGGCACCUUCCAGCUCUGUUUUCCUUAUUAUCCCAGCCCAGGAGUUCUAUUUCCAAAGAAAGAGUCAGAAGAUUCUAAAGAGGAGGAUGAAGAUGAAGAUGAUUCCUCAGAAGAAGACGAAGACUCUGAAGAUGAAGAGCCACCUCCUAAAAGAAGGUUUCAGAAGAAAACCCCAGCCAAGUCCCCAGGGAAAACGGCAGCCAUGAAGCAGAGAGGCCCCAAACCCCCAGUUAAAAUUCCUGCAGCCCAGAGAGGAAAAGCUAGGCCCCUGCCCAAGAAAGCCCCUUCCAAGGCCAAAACUCCUGCCAAGAAAGCCAGACCCACACCCUCAGUCAUCAAGAAAUCCAGUGGUAGUUCUUCAAAGAAGCCUGCAGCCAGUGUGAGAAAGGAAGUAAAAUUGCCUGGUAAGGGCAAAUCCACCAUGAAGAAGUCUUUCAAAGCAAAAAAGUAACUUUUCUAGGGAAAGAAGGUAUCAUAAUGAAAUUCAAAUUUUUAUUUUCUAAGGUCAGUGUGCAUUUGUUUUACUUUUGAUGCUUAUAAAAUUACUUUCCUUCCCCACCCACCCCCAAGAACAUUGUGGUGAGGGAAUAUAAAUAAACCAAUUUAGGCAUUUGGUUAGCUUUAGGUGCUGUUCCUGAUGCCUGCCCUUCCCCUCAGCUAUUUUAAUUU